AUGGAACAAGUCCGUUUGCUGACCAUCGCGCCAGCCAGUUGGGGACGUCAAAAAGUUCAAAUGUUUUUCAGCAGUUCCGAUCGGCAAGCUCGUUAUUCUCGUGAGCUUCGCUCAACCGAAGGUGUACUUGCUACUCCUGAAGAUCUCCGUGGAAGUCAAGUGUUAGAUCCAUCUGUGAUUCAAGCUGUAAUCCAUUUCUAUGAACAAGAUUGGAUCAGCCGAGUUUCACCGAACAAAUCAGAUGUCAUAUUAAUAAAACAGCAACCUAUUCCCAAACGGUUUAUGUUAUUAACGAUUGGAGAAGCUUUCGAAGAAUUUAAAAAAGAUUUUCCUCAGUAUGUUAUUGGAAGAUCAAAAUUCUUCAGUCUCAAACCNAGUCAAGUGUUAGAUCCAUCUGUGAUUCAAGCUGUAAUCCAUUUCUAUGAACAAGAUUGGAUCAGCCGAGUUUCACCGAACAAAUCAGAUGUCAUAUUAAUAAAACAGCAACCUAUUCCCAAACGGUUUAUGUUAUUAACGAUUGGAGAAGCUUUCGAAGAAUUUAAAAAAGAUUUUCCUCAUCGCGUUGCACUACAAAAAACAGUUGGCAGUGUUAGUCUACUUUUAAACGAUAUCGAUGAACAAUGGAGAAGCUUUCUUCCACACCACUACAUUACAAAAACCCAACAAUCGUAUAUUGCUGAGCUAAGAAAAACAUCGGAUCCAAAUAAGUCGAUAACUAUACAGAUGGACUUUGCGCAGAAUUUCGCAUUAACCUCACAACGUGAAGUACAAUCAGCUCACUUUGACAAAGCACAAGUGACUCUUUUUACCGUUUCUGUAACAUUUGGAUCAGAUCUUCAAAGAGUAAAACAAAUCGCACCGAGUGUUCAAAUGAUUAAUUAUAUAACAGACGGCGGACCCGGUCAUUUUAAAAAUCGAUUCAAUAUCCUAAAUCUAUCGUUUCAUCAGACCGAUUUUAAUAUCCAUGCGGUGUGGGCAUUCAGUGCGACGUCACAUGGCAAAGGACCAGUUGAUGGUUUAGGUUCAGUCCUCAAAUCAACGGGUACUCGGUUCAUGAUGCGUCACGGGCCCGAAGAAGCGUUUAAGAGUGCAAAGGAAUUCUAUGAAUUCUCAGCACGCCGCCAAAAACUAUCCAAAUCUCCGAUCGAAUUAUUAUAUGCAGAAUCAAAGGAUAUACUUAAGGGGGAGACCCAUAUUGCAUUAGAAUAUGCUCCAUCUAAAACAACUACACAGUUAUUUGAAAUUAAUUAUUUACAAACGCAACUUGCUGAUGCUCAUUUAUGCGCAAAUGCUCAUCUUAUAUUUAUACCUGAUAUAAAUAGAUCACAGGGACUUUACCAUGAAAAUGGCUUGAAGUGUUCUCUUUGUGGAAAAAUUUCACCUUUUUCAAAUUUUCCACCAAAACCACUGUAUGAAGUACAAGUACCGAAUCAUCGAUUGUACGUUGCAAAUUCAUUCACAGGGAUCGGGUACGAUAAUAUGAACUUAAUUAUGUCAAUUUUAUGUUUAAAAAUCCCAAAUAAAACAAAUUUCAUUCCUCAAGUAUUGCAAACUUACGAUAGUUUGUAUGCGUAUGUUCAAGAGCACUUUCGUUCAGUUGUACAAGACAUUCGUUCAUCGCAUAACGUUGAGAGUAACAAUACGGACCAAUUUGUUGAUCUUGCAGUUUCGAUGGACGGGACGUGGAAGAAAAGAGGAUUUGUCUCACACUACGGUAUUGUAUUUGUUAUUGAACUCGAGAGUGGCUUAGCUCUCGAUUACGAAGUGUUGAGCACAAGAUGCGAGAAAUGCGAGAAGAACAAAAGAGAACGCACAGCACGUGAUUUUCGAAGUUGGUUCGUGAAACACAAAGAUGUUUGCGAGCAGAAUUGGGAUGGAACAGCCAAAGGAAUGGAAGUAGAAGGUGCAAGAAGAUUAUUUGAAAGAUCAGUCGAUAAAGGAUUUCGAUACAAAUGGUUGAUAUGUGACGGUGAUUCAAGUGCUUAUGAAGCUGUCAAACGAACAUAUAUUGUUGAAGACACAGAUGAAGAAUCACCACAACAAAAUCCGAAUGAGGAAGACGUCGAUGACUCAGAAGAUGAAUAUAGUGAUGCUAACGACAAUGAUCAAACGAACGAAACAACACGUGGCGAUGUUGAACAAGAUUUAGUGGUAAAGGAAGAUUGCAUUAACCAUGUGCAGAAGCGAGUGACUAGUCGCCUGAAAGAUAUUCGCACGAAAUAUUCUCGAUUGGAGUUUCGAUCAAGAUCUUCUACGACAGAUCGUCAAAAAUCAUCUGCACGUUCAAAGAAACAUAGAAUCUUGUUGUCUGAUGGUAAACCUUAUUCUGGGAGUGCAGGUAGAAUGACGAAAGAGAUGGAACAGAAGUUCACAAGUCUGUACGGUAAUGCUAUACGAGAGUCAAAAAUGGAUUUGAAUGAAGACGAAGCGGUGGUUUUGAUGCAGAAAAAGUGCCGUGCUGUCUUUUACCACUACAUAGAUCAAGUGGAUAAAAGUAAACAGCAUCAAUAUUGUCCAACAGGACCUAACAGAUCGAUACGUGGCGCGGCCGCGUUAGCGUGUUUGUAUUUCAACCAAGGUCGAUCUGGUCUUAUUGCCUAUUUUGAUCACGUCGGACUCGAUGUCAAUGAAGAAUUCAUUAACAUUGUUAUAGACAAGGAUAAAGAACGUUUACAAGAGGCAAUUGCUGCAGCUGAAAAACAACAGGAAAUCAACGAACGAAAAAAGCAACUUCGUUUUGAUUCCAUAGCAGCUGAAGCUGAUACGUUCGAUUAUGGAAGUGGUAGACAUUAG